AGGAGAGAGAGACCCAGGAAGCCGAUCCCUCCUCUCCUUCAAUUCUCGGAUUCAGCGAUUCAUCGUCGCUGAUAAAGCUUCUACCUUUCUCUUCCCUCUCGUCGAUUUUUGUUGUGAGAUUCGAUUCGAUCUAGGCGGAUUAGAUCGAGGUAUGCAGCAAGGCGAUCAAACGGUGCUGAGCUUGAGACCUGGUGGCGGUCGAGGAAACAGACUUUUUGGUUCCUCUUCUUCUUCUUCGUCUCUCUCUUUUGGCUCUCUUUCAUCUUCGGAUCUACCUCUCCUUCGUCCUCAUGGUGGUGCUCCUGCUUCCUCUUUUCCCUUCAAGGGUGGAGACUCGAGGUUUGAUGGCCGUGAACGUGUGAAGUACACCCGUGAGCAGCUCCUGGAACUUAAAGAGAUCAUUCAACUCUCUGAUGAAAUUCUGAGAGUACAACGGGAAACUGCAACAGAACUGUUUGGUGAAGAAGGGACUUGGGCACGUGGGGAAAGUGUCGUAAGCAAUUUGGUUCCGGUUCAAUCCGCAAGUCGCUUCUCUGAGCCAGACUCUCGCGAUUGGCGUAGCCGUUCUACUCAACCUCCACCUUCUGGAGAGGAAAGGUCGUGGGACAAUCUCCGUGAAGCUAGAGAUUCCAGGUAUGUUGAAGCAAGCCAAUAUAAUCGUCAAGACCAACCUAAUUCCCAGUUUUCAAGGGCAAACAUAUCAUCCAACCAAGGGGGUGGACCAGCUCCUGUUCUCGUCAAAGCCGAAGUGCCUUGGUCAGCUAGAAGAGGAAACCUUUCUGAAAAUGAUCGAGUUCUGAAGACUGUGAAAGGGAUACUGAACAAGCUAACCCCUGAAAAGUAUGACCUUCUUAAGGGCCAACUUAUUGAAUCUGGCAUCACAUCUGCUGAUAUCCUGAAGGGUGUGAUUACCCUUAUUUUUGACAAAGCUGUCCUUGAGCCGACCUUUUGCCCUAUGUACGCGAAAUUGUGCUCGGAUAUCAACGACAAGCUGCCCACCUUCCCACCUGCAGAACCUGGGGAUAAGGAGAUUACAUUUAAGAGGGUUCUACUGAAUAUCUGUCAAGAGGCAUUUGAGGGCGCUUCUCAGUUGAGGGAGGAGCUUAGACAGAUGAGUGCUCCAGAUCAGGAGGCUGAGCGGAAUGACAAAGAAAAAUUGUUGAAGCUCAAGACUCUAGGAAAUAUUCGUUUGAUUGGUGAGCUUUUAAAGCAGAAGAUGGUUCCAGAAAAGAUUGUUCAUCACAUUGUUCAGGAGCUUCUGGGGGCCGAUGAGAAAGUUUGUCCAGCAGAGGAAAAUGUCGAAGCUAUUUGUCAUUUCUUCAAAACAAUUGGCAAACAACUUGACGGAAAUGUGAAGUCAAAACGGAUUAAUGAUGUAUAUUUCAAACGCCUACAGGAUCUGUCAAAGAAUCCUCAGUUGGAACUGCGUCUGAGAUUCAUGGUUCAGAAUAUCAUCGACAUGCGCUCCAAUGGCUGGGUUCCAAGGCGGGAAGAGAUGAAAGCAAGAACUAUAACCGAAAUCCAUACUGAGGCAGAGAAGAAUCUUGGUCUCCGACCAGGUGCCACUGCAAAUAUGAGAAGGGGUAUGGUUUCUAGUGGUGGGCCUGUGAGCCCUGGCCCUGUCUACCCUGGUGGGCGACCUGGUGCGGGUGGCUUGAUGCCUGGUAUGCCUGGGACGCGAAGGAUGCCUGGGAUGCCCGGGGUGGACAAUGAUAACUGGGAGGUACCCCGGACAAGAUCAAUGUCUAGACGUGAUGGGCCAGGACCUCUGCAUUCUCCAGCAGUGAGCAAGUCCGCCUCAAUGAACACGAGGCUCUUACCUCAAGGCAGCAGCGGCAUUAUGAGUGGCAAGACAAGCGCACUGUUGCAGGGAAGCGGUUCAGUGUCCCGCCCAGUUACGGUGUCAGCAGUACCGCCAGCACAGUCAGCUGCACCUCUGACCGUGCCAGUACCGGUGGAGAAACCACAGCCUAGUGCUCCCAAGUUGAGCGAAGAAGUGCUCCAAAGAAAAACAAAGUCACUUCUCGAGGAAUAUUUCAAUGUCCGACUUCGUGAUGAAGCUCUGCAGUGUGUAGAGGAGCUUGGGUCUCCUUCAUAUCAUCCAGAGUUUGUGAAGGAAGCAAUAUCCCUGUCCCUUGAGAAAAGCCCGCCUGUCGUCGAGCCAAUUGCUGAUCUCUUGGAGUAUUUGUUAUCAAAGAAGGUACUCACAUCCAAGGAUCUUGAAACGGGGUUCUUGCUCUACGGUGCUCUGCUGGACGACAUUGGAAUCGAUCUUCCUAAGGCACCAAAUAACUUUGGUGAGAUUGUGGGAAAGCUGAUUCUGGCUGGUGGUGUGGAUUUCAAAUUGGUUAGAGAAAUUAUAGGGAAGAUGGAGGACGAUAGGUUCCAGAAGAUGGUGGCCAAUGCAGCUCUACGCAUCGUGGAGUCGAGUGAGCAGGGGAAGUCCCUGUUGGCCUCACAGGCAGCAGACGUAGAGGCUUGUCGGAAUCUGUAAAAGGAAUCAUUGCUUUACGAUUUUGCUCUCUCUGGGUCUUAUGCUUGUGCGAUGAAUGUUGUGUUGUAAGCUUGAAGGAGGAGGAGAAGAGGAUUCUCAGAACUCAAAAAUAGUUUUGCUCUUCUUGAAGCUUUUGUUAUGACAUUAUUCUCACCACUCUUCUGUGUCGGGAUGUGUCCUUGUCCUUUUUUGUAUUCUUCUGUGACUUACUCUUUUCUUCUUCUUUUUGACCUUCGCAUUUUUGUUUUACGGUCUCAGUUAUUCAGUUGAUUGUUGUUGAGACUUUGAGACCCCUAUAAACUUGGUCGGUUGAGAUAAAUUACAUUGGAAAUGUUUGAUCAUCGCCUUCCUAUUAUUAUCUGAUUCUGAGCUAACAGAAGUUGAAUAAAUGAUCCAUAAGAUU